UCCUCCUCCUCCUCUCAGUAGAGGAUCUCGUCUGGACAGGAUGGCAGGCAGCGCAUGGAGGUCACUGAUGUGUCAGGUGGUGGCGAGGGCCAAGAGACCCGCUCUGUCUUCAGCCUCCUUCAGAGGGAUGCAGACGGUCACACUGAUUCCUGGUGACGGGAUCGGACCCGAGAUCUCCACCGCCGUCAUGAAGAUCUUUGAGGCCGCAAAGGCUCCGAUCUGUUGGGAGGAGAGGAACGUGACGGCCAUCAAAGGACCCGGAGGCAGAUGGAUGAUUCCUCCUGAUGCUAAAGAGUCCAUGGACCGCAGCAAGAUCGGACUGAAAGGACCCCUGAAGACUCCCAUCGCUGCAGGUCACCCCUCCAUGAACCUGCUGCUGAGGAAGACCUUUGACCUCUACGCCAACGUGCGACCUUGCAUCUCCAUCGAGGGCUACAAGACUCCGUACACCGACGUUAACCUGGUCACCAUCCGGGAGAACACGGAGGGCGAGUACAGCGGCAUCGAACACACGAUCGUGGAGGGCGUCGUCCAGAGCAUCAAGCUGAUCACAGAGGACGCCAGCUUCGUAAAUCGCUGAGCAGAAGAAUACGCCAGAAACAACCAAAGAAACAGUAGUUCUGCCGUCCACAAGGCCAACAUCAUGCGAAUGUCAGACGGUCUGUUCCUGAGGAAGUGUCGUGAGGUUGCAGAGAACUACAAAGACAUAAAGUUCACAGAGAUGUAUCUGGACACCGUGUGUCUCAAUAUGGUUCAGGAUCCGACCCAGUUUGACGUCCUGGUGAUGCCCAACCUGUACGGAGACAUCCUCAGUGAUCUGUGUGCCGGACUCAUCGGAGGACUCGGAGUGACUCCCAGCGGGAACAUCGGAGCCAACGGAGUCGCCAUCUUUGAAUCGGUCCACGGCACCGCGCCCGACAUCGCCGGUCUGGACAUGGCCAACCCCACCGCCCUGCUGCUCAGCGCCGUCAUGAUGCUGCGUCACAUGGGUUUCCAUGACUACGCCAGCAAGAUCCAGACGGCCUGUUUCGACACCAUCAGAGACAAGAAGGUGUUGACGAAGGACCUCGGAGGAAACUCCAAGUGUUCAGAGUUUACAGCUGAUAUCUGCCGUCGCAUCCAGGACAUGUGAGCAGGAGGAGGAGCGCCGUGGGAGUCACACCCCCUCCUGACCGGGUUUCUCUCUCUGGAGCUGCAGGGACUCCGUCUGAGCUUCUGCUUUUCUCUAUUUACAUAAAGAAACUAUAUUUUUUCUGUGAGGGAGGGGCUUCUGUCAGGAGGUGAGGGAGGGGGCGGGGCUUCUGCUGCAGCUACCUGACUAGUUAACAUGACGAAACAUUCACAGCUAAGAUACGCACAAACCUCCCGUGACCAAGAGUGUAGUCAGAAUAUUAACAAUAUCAGCUCUCUGCUUUGUUUUUCAGAUAUUUGCUAUUUUUUUGUAAUCUGAUGAAAAUCGUCACUUAUUUAUUGUUUCGUCUCCUGCUGCUCUUUAGAAUCAGAAAUAUAUAAAAACAUAAAGCAGGAGGAGUCUGCUUCUCUUCUGUCUCUACACAGCGACCAAUAAAAAGGCUCUUUG